AUGGAGCAAGCAAUCAGUGCACUGAACCGAGCUGCGAACAGCAACGCCGUCGUCAACACCGCGCUAGCCGCCGUAUUCGGCGUCCUCGCGGCGAGGUCGGUGGCGCAGGAGCGAGAGAUCAAGGCGCUGGAGGCGGAAAAGGACGACCUGGUCAAGGCGAACAAGGCCAUCAAAAGCACGAUCUGGGACUGGAAGCAGAAGCUCUACGCGGAGGCCGAGGCAAAUCCCCAGAAUGCCCUCGUGCCCCUCCUCACUCUCAAGUCCAUAUACGGAGAAGCCGCCGCCGGUAAUUUCGCUGUCCCCCCUGAACUUGUUCUGUUUCUGGUUCUGCUUUGA